GCCGGCUUGUCUAGGGAUGGCAACAAAGCAACAUGCUGGAUUGUUUCAGGCUGACACGUGUCUGCCGCCGCUUCUAUGAGCCUAGAGGAGCUGCGCGCUUUGCAGCACACGGGGGAGCGCUCUGGACGGCGGGUGGCUCUUUGCUAGUGGUCAGCACUGAGCUCCUGGACAGAGAAGGGGCAGAGGCGAGGGAAGCAUCCGCGGCGCUGGUGGGCCAUCCAAAGAGAACAGUCAGACGCAGCCGCUUGGCUUCUAGCUCCCACCAAGCAGCCAGCGUGGGGGGAGAGGGGCGUUGCUUGCUCGAUUUUGGGGCAAGACAUUCAACCCUGAGCGGGCUGCGGAUUUCCCUGCCUGCUGCUGGAGCUGGGCAAGGCAGAGGCGCAGGGAGGACUGAAAUUGUUUCCAAACCUGUGUAGGAAGCAAGAUCGAGCUGUCGGAGAAAGCUGAAGGCUGUUGUUUUUGUGGGUAAGGGUGUGUGUGUGUGUGUGGUAUUAUUUGACACCCACUACGCAUCCCGAGAGCGGUGUUUUGGCUUUGGCACACCCACUCCCCCCCCUUACAAAAAAAAAACUUGUCUGUUUUGUUUUUUAAAGGAUGCUUCGUACCCUUUGCUGUAGGAACCUGCCCUCGGGCUUUGAUGUCACGGCUCUGGAUCGAGAAGGACCAGCGGCUAAGCUGCCUCCACCAGAUAGUUUUGUGCAGAGCUCUGGGCUCUUCUAGCUGAAGGGGACUUUUCGGAGCCAAGCGCUCGGCACUUGCCCUUACUGCAUAAUAAGCGAGGAGCUUCCUUCCCGUGUCUGCUUAGCCGGGUACUGUUUUGGGGGUAGGUGUGUCUGGUUCCCACCCAUCGAUCGAGAAGGAACCCUUAAAAAUACACCGGGACUGCCCCUGCUCGCCUGCGGAUCGGGGACUCCUGCCCGGGCUCAUCGCCUCUCUGAACUGCGGAGGCGGUGGGGGGGGGGGGGGUCAAUUGUAUUUAUCUUGAUCGCCCAGCAAGUGGAGAGAUUGCUUUUUCCUGCUGCACUGAUUGGAAACACCACUGGUCGAUGCUCUCCCUAGGUGGUGAUGCUGAGGGAAGGAGAAAGGGAGAGCAGGAAACAUGAGCCUGCAAGAGAAGAGAGAUCAGGGCUGAAGCCUUUGCUCCAGCAUUGUGUGUGCGCUUUCCCCCGGCAGACGGACUAUUAGCUGCGCGGGUGCACAUGAGAGCAAAGAUCCAUCCUUCCCCCCCCCUUCUCUGACCUCUCGAGGAACCUAUCCGGCGGUGGAGGAGACCUGUGGGCUACACCCUGCCAUGCUCCCCCUGAAAUAACCUCCCAAGCACCGAGGGAUUCAUCCGAAGGAAGGGGAUCAGAGGGCAAACGCCAGCCCUCAUAACCUCGAGCAAAUACUAGCGCUGCGGCUGCUGCUGUUGCGCCUCUAUCUGGGGGAGCUGAAUCCAGGAAAAGGCUUUAUCCGCCUCGCAGGGCUGGGUCCUUAGCACAGCGGGGGAGGCAAGGGGGGGGGGGGGUUUAUUUGCUGAUGAUCGGAAGUUACUGACAAUAAGCACCUUCAUCUCUCCAAAGGCGGAGAGAGGAGGAGGAGGAGGAGGAGAGACGGGGGAAGAGGAGAGCUGAUGCCUAAGAGAGCCACUCGGAGGAGGCAGACCAGGCAGUGUCUCAACUUCUCAUCUUUGUUUAUCAGCGCGAAGCGAGAUCGCUGGAAAUCUGCGGGGGUUUAUAACUGGAUCAUUCCCAUGUCAAGGCUGCGGCUGGGGAUUUUGCUCCGUUAACUUGAAGCCACUGGCCUCCCCCACUUCUCACUCAGCGAUGUAUUCACUGCUCUCAGCCUGCACUUGCUUAUGUUUACAUUCCCUGCUGCUGUGCUUUCAGGUACAGAUGUUCGUUGCCGAGGAGAAUGUGGAUUUUCGGAUACACGUGGAGAAUCAGACACGAGCAAGGGACGAUGUGAGCAGGAAGCAGCUUAGACUCUACCAGCUGUACAGCAGGACGAGUGGGAAACACAUCCAAGUUCUAGGCAGGAGGAUCAGUGCCAAGGGGGAAGAUGGAGACAAAUAUGCCCAGCUUCUAGUGGAAACAGACACAUUUGGCAGUCAAGUCCGGAUCAAAGGGAAAGAGACAGACUUUUACCUUUGCAUGAACAGGAAAGGCAAGCUAGUGGGGAAGCCUGACGGCACCAGCAAAGAGUGUGUCUUCAUUGAAAAAGUCCUAGAAAACAACUACACAGCACUGAUGUCUGCGAAAUACUCUGGCUGGUACGUUGGAUUUACCAAAAAGGGAAGGCCACGAAAGGGGCCCAAGACCCAGGAAAACCAACAAGAUGUACACUUUAUGAAAAGGUACCCAAAGGGUCAAGUGGAGUUACAGAAACCUUUCAAGUACACCACAGUGACCAAGAGGACUAAGAGAAUACGACCUACCAACCCCAGUUAAAAGAUAGACAAAAACAGUGUCACAAUAAUAAACCACAAAAAAACUGCACCAGAGGAAUAUUUUUACAUUAAAAAUAAGGAAGAAGCUCUAUUUUUGUACAUUGUGUUUAAAAAAAUAAUUAAAAUUUUUUUUAAAAAAAUAAAAGACUGGAUGGCAAAUGCUGGGGGAAGCUGUUAGGGAUUUAUUGUGACUUGAAAAACAAAAUGAACUGCUCUAUUUAAAUUGACUUCUUGUUGUUGACACAUAGGUGCUUAUUUCUCUUUUUGGAACGGACAACUUUUCAAGCAGAUCCCCAGAGGAAAAACAAUUAAUAUUAAAUAAAAUAAAACCAAAGAAAACCAAAGUUCUUUCCCAAAGUUACUGAGACCCUGCCCCGAAAAAUCACCAGUUUUGCAGUAAUCUAUUUAUUGUCUGCUGCAAACUGUCCCGAGACAAGAUGGUGUGUGCGGCAGUGAUUGAGUUUCCGUGGAGUUCUCAAUGCAUCGAUCUUCUGUAACCUUUCUGAUGACAUAAGGUGUCACGGCUCUGUGAUCCUGCAUUAUGCUCAGUUCUGGAGAAUGCUGCUAAAUACAUUCAAGUGACUAAAAAUGACCUAAUACACCAAUGAUAAGGGAAUAUUUUAAAACCAGCUAUAUUAUAUAUAUUAUAUAUAUAUAAGCUAUUUAUUUCACCUCUCUGUAUAUUGCAGUUCCAUGAACCAAGUAUUACUGCCUCAACAAUUAAAAAAAUUAUUUAAAACACAUGUAAAUAUUGCUGUAAUUCACACUUUUUGAUUAUUGCUAUGAACUUUUAUCCUUAUGUCACAGCGAUAGCCACUCUGUAGUUAAGGUCAGAACUAGCUUCCCAUUAUAAGCUUGAUUUUCAAUCCUCCCCCAGUUUUCCCCAGUAGAAAUCAGUCUUU